AUGGCUUCCCCGAAGAGCCUCCAGCAAUGGUUCCGCCAUACGUUCACCCCAUUCAUCGCUAAUGCACCCAUGUUCGGGUCUGCUGACUAUCACCUUGCAUCAGCAGUAACAAAAGCUGGAGGUCUUGGAUUCAUCGGUGGUGGUUUUGAUUUCACCACUGAGACAACCCAACUCACAAAACUAAAUGAACAACUUGGAAAAGCCCGCUCAGAGCUAGGGAGUAUCCCUUCUCUUACCAGUCUUCCCAUUGGCGUCGGAUUCAUCACAUUCAACCCUACUGGAUUUAUCCAAAAUGCCAUCCCAGUUCUACAGAGUCACCGAGUUGCAGGAAUCUGGCUAUCCUUCCCUAAAUCCGAUGAAGAUCAUCUGCUUAUUAUAGAAGCCAUUAAGAAGGCUCGGGCGGAAGGUGAUUGGGAUGUUCGGGUCUUUGUACAGGUUGGAACUAUACAGUCUGCUCGGGUAGCUGUGCAGCAAGGUGCAGAUGUACUUGUUGUGCAGGGUUCUGAUGCUGGGGGCCAUCAGUGGGCUCAGGGUGCUAGUUUGAUUUCCCUGUUACCUGAAGUGCGCGAUAUGCUUCAUGAAAUGGGGGCAUCGGAUGUUGCAGUCUUGGGAGCUGGUGGAAUUGUUGAUGGGAGGGGAUGUGUUGCAGCACUUGGACUUGGUGCGGAUGGAGUGGUUAUGGGUACAAGAUUUCUUGUGACUACUGAAUGCCCGACACCAUCCACGUUCAAGCAUGCUAUCAUAUCUGGUAGCGAUGGCGGUGUUUCAACUGUCAAAUCCACUCGACACGAUGUCUUCCAAUCAACCGAUGUGUUCCCUCGACAAUACGAUGGAAGAGCUAUCAUUGGAAUUAGCUACUCCGAGUCCCAGUUAGGUGCAAGUGAUGAUGAUGUUAUUCAGCGAUACAAGGAAGCUGUGGCGAAUGGAGAAGAUCAUCGACGGACGGUGUGGGCGGGCACAAGUAUCGGAUCUAUCAAAGAAUUGGUCUCUGUAUCAGAUCUGAUUCAAGGAAUUCAUCAAGAGGUCAGGUCCACACUGGCUAGUCUUUCCCAGAAAAUGCAGUAA